CCAAUUAGUUGUGAUUCACAACAAACAAACUAGCCAACAAUAUAACAACAACGAUUUGUUGUUGGACGUGGAAUUCGUUCUUGUUGAAGCAUCCCUGCAGAUUGAUGUCAAGACUCCUAAUGUAACACUAUGGAGAUCAUGGAGACAGAGGAAUGCCUUGAAGUUUCUCUACCACGAUUAGACAGAUCAGGCCUCUUUAGCAAAACCAUUAUUGUAGAAGGGGUAGGCCUGGCCAGACCUCUGGAACAAACGACAUGCUCAGUUAUUGUAGAUGCAAAAGAUUUUCCAGCAUCCAGUAGACAAUAUAGUGCAGAGACUUCUCUAGUUUUCACUAUUGGCGAACUGGACGGGGAGCAAGAUCUAUUUAUUGACAAAUGCAUAACCACAAUGAGGAAAGAGGAAGUCGCAAUGUUUCAAAGUAACGAGGCGUUUGAUUGGUUUGACAGGCCCUGUGUGGUUACCAUAAACCUACAGCACUUUGACAACCCUCCAGGCUGGCCACUCCUGACCAAUUCCCAGAAGUACGAGCAAGCAAAACAACACAAACAAACUGGGGUGGAACUCUUCAAACAGGAGGAGAUAAAAAGUGCCUUCAGACAAUUUAGUAGAGCCACAAAGUAUCUCCUCCUGAUUGACAAGGGCCUUGAUGUGCCUGGAGAUAUUGAUAAACUACUGUAUCAGUGUCAUCUCAACCUGGCAGCAUGCCAACUCAGGUUUCCCUCGGCAGCGGAUCAUGUCAUCACAAACUGCACAAAGGCUUUGAUUCUAGACCACAAAAAUGUUAAAGGACAUGUAAGGAGAGGCCAGGCAUACCUGGCGAAGGGAGACUACUCUGCAGCAGCCCAAGACUUCAAUAAAGGACUACAGUUCAAUCCCAAUAACAAGUUUAUACAAAACCUGCUCACGAUAGCUCAGAAUGGCCAACGAGCUGAAAAUAAACAAUUAUCAUCAGGACUUAGCCAAAUGUUUACUUGAAAUUGAUCUCAAUGUAUGCAGCUAAUAUAACCUAGAGGUCAACGGAUUGGGUGAAGUAACAAAAUAUUUGUUAUGCUCUUCGAAAAAAAAAUACGAUCCUCAAAAAAAGUAUAGUGUUGCAUACCAUUAUUUGGUCUGUAUGCCCAAGAACAAGGCCACAUUGAGGUCAAUAGUCAAAUUCAUUAUUCGGGCCAAAACUUUGACUUGCUGAAUGACAAGACAGUGUGUCAUGUACUACUACAAUGUAUUAGAUCUAGAUCUGUACACCUAAACUCAAGGUCACAUUUAGGUAAAGGGUCAAAUUCAUUUUUUGGCCUAUAACUUCUGGUAAGCUGAAAAUAACUCAGUAUAAUUGAAGUGAUAAAUGUAGGAUUGCAAGAGAGUGUGUAACAAACAACAAUUGGGUUCAUAAACCUGAGGUCAAGGUCACAUUGAAUUAAAAGGUCAAAUUCGUCAUCAUAACUACUGACUCUCAGGGUAACUCUAUGAAAGAACUUAUGGGUCAUUUUUGACCUCAACUUUCAACUUGAAUUUAUUUACCUAUUCUUGUUAUAAACAUCUUAUUAGUGAAUUUGGGCUUUCUUUCUUGGUGCAGAUUUUUUCAAAUGCGCAUGCCAAAAUGCCCUACCAUAGCAACAAAAUUGCGUUGCUAUGCAGAAAUAGCCAAAACAUGGUGUUUUCAGACAGUUGGCAUGCAGGAAUGAAAGCAUCAACAUUUGACAAACAAAAAUUCCUUUCUACGAAUGAACACUGAUAUGACGAUGUUCAAGCAUGUCAAAUAUGUAUUUGUUU